AUAAUUUAAAUAAUCAUAAUGGUUCGGUUUCAAAGUAUGACACCACAAGAGUAUAAAGAAAAGCAUGAAAAUUUUAAGAUAAUCCAUGGUUUUCAUGCUACACCUUUUGGGGAUUGCUUAAUUGGCAUUACUAACACUAAUAAGGCAAUUAUGCAUUUGGCUUUUGUUGAUAAAAAUAAUGAAGAAGCUUUGAAUGAAUUAAAGAACGAUUGGCCUCUUUCAAAAUUGGUCGAAGAUACCUCGAACGAAACAAACAAAAUUAUAGAAAAAAUCUUUUCCCGAUGUGUAACUGUGGAUGAUUCUAUUUCUGUUCUCAUGAAGGGUACACAGUUCCAAAUAAAAGUUUGGGAAGCCUUGAUGCUUAUUCCACAUGGUACAACUGUUACUUACGAACAAGUUGCGUGUAAUAUAGAUAAACCAAAAGCCGUACGAGCUGUUGGAAAUGCGGUCAUGAAAAAUAAUAUUGGUUAUUUGGUGCCAUGCCAUCGCGUAGUAGGUAAAUCUGGUAGUAACAAAUAUAAAUGGGGCUCGAAGCGUAAGGAAAAUAUUCUUUUGUAUGAGCGUGAUCAUGCAAACACUUAAGUUUAUUUUUUAUAUGUUUACAUACUUCUAUCAUUUUUUUCAUUAAUUUAUAGUUUAAUACAAAGAAAUGUAGUUUAUGUAAUAUGGUACGAUUUUAUAAGUUCUAUUACUUACGAAUUGUUUAUUUCGUAGUAUAUAUAAAUAUACAAAUUUAGGCAUCCUGAUAUUUGCAUAGAUUAUGUAAAAUAGACACUGGAUAAUAUAAAAAGAAAAAUUGUUUAUUUUUAUACAUUAAAAAUUAUGUUUAUUAUCUUUAAAUACAAGUAUGCAAUAUAAUUUAUGUACACUUAAAGUAAUUAAUAAUUUAAGCUGUAAUGAUAAAUCCAUUGCACUCUUGCAUACAGUAACAGGAACACUAUGAUACUAGGAUGGUCUUCAGCAUUCACAAUAAUUCUAAGAUGGUAGUAUAAAUUAAACGUAAAUAAAAUUGUAUAAUUU